UAUCAGAGCGAUAACGUAGAACCACUAUUAAUCUGAAGUACCGCGGACGUAGCAUAAAAUAAUUCUCGAGUCGUUGUUGUUGAAUUCCGAAUAUUACCAUCUUCGCCUUUGAACAUGCUGAAAACUUCGAGGAGUACGCCGAACCUGUAUAUGACGCAACAUUGGAGCCAUCGUGAGUGACUUCAGGAAGUGGACGUGUUCAUAACUAGCAGACUGCUAACUCAUAGAGACAUCCCGGGUUUGACACUACUGAGCGAUAAGUAUUGUACCUAUUACGUUGUCCUUGAUUGAGACAAGUGAAAGUUAUUGGUUUGCACCAAACACGAUGGAUUCGGACGAAUGUGAUUUGAUUGACCAACUGAUAUCACCAACGGGGGCUUUUGGCUCCGGUAAUCAGCAGAAGGUAAUUGUCCAGCGAAAUUCACCCAUACUUUUCCCCGGAGGAACACCGCUGACGAUAAACGCUACCAGUUCACUGCUGGUACCAAACUCGGUGCCCCUGUCUAUAGCACCGCAGCAACUGCAAUUCGCUGCCUCGUCGGGAGAUGGCAUACAUCCUCUGGCAUCCGGUUCCAGUGGUGUAGAAUCUGCUUCUGUUAUCGUAAUUAACAAGGAUACAGCUUUUCCACCGGGAUCGAUUCCAAUUAAUGUAGUGGCAACCGAACCACAACAGCAUCAAUUCAUCCAUCAUGGGACUAACAUGCAGAAGGUUGUCGUCGCUUCCAACCCCGGACCCGGUGCAUUAUCUCCGCACGCUGGAGUUCAAAUCGUUGCAGCCGGUACUAUGAAGAGUCUUCAGCAAAAGAUGCAAACACCUGGCUUCAAGAUUCAGAUUGGCAGCACAAAUAUUAUGUCCUUGCAGCAAAAGAUAAUUGCCCCGAUCGGCCAACAGCAGCAAGUGAUACCCCCCGCCAUUACCAUGAUCCAGCCGAAUUCGAUUGCAAUUCCUGGCACAGCAGAGCUAAAACGAUUACCUUCCUCGAUAAAAAUCUUAAAACCAAUCGCACCUAAACCCGUUAUCACGAACUACACCAGCACCGUCAUAAAACCAGCCGCGGAAAACAACAGCCAACCACCGGCACCGGGAUUGUCCAACGUUAGCCAUCACGUACUCCCGUUCGGAACAACUAUUAAAGUAACUGCCGGGAAUGACCCACUCCCGAUUCCAAUCUCAAAGCAUCAACAUAUCAUGCAGCAGACUCAGCUAAUUCAGUCUCAACAACAACAACAACAACAGCAACAACAGUUGCCCCCAGCUCCAAUCGUACCUCAGCAGCCCUUGUCUCCGCAAACCUCUGCACUGUUGAAAAAUAUUCGCCCGGUCUCACCAGCAUCCAUGGCACCCUCUCAUACAGCCGUUCUCUCGCCUAAUCAGAAUAAGGUUAUCAUCAACAAAAUUAUCUACAAGACACCGGAAAACCAUUUGGGCCCUGGACCUACCGCUGGUCAACCUAGGAUUAUUCCGGCAACACCUCCACUAUCGCCGGUAUCUCUUCCUGAAUUGAAACGUAAAAUUAUCAUCACUGCUUCUGGCAACCGUAGACGCUUGCCUACUCCAAUACAGUCCGCUUCAGCUAUUCCACAGCGUUCAGCAGCCAUUCAACCUGGCUCGGCUCAAAUUAUCGUUCAAACAAAUACGCCACCACUGGUCCCGGCACUUGCACCGAGAACCACAAUCGAAAACAUUCCCACUACAGUACAGUCUGGAUUUUCCACCUCUAACAGUAACAACAUAACAGUAACGCAGAUGGUCAGUCCUACUCUACCGAUGCUUACCCCAAUGCAAGAGGACGUACCACAAUCAACCAUGGAAGAUCUGUUCCCGGAUGAAUUUCCGGAUUCUUGUGAAAUGGAUCAAGACGUUAAAACUGUAUUGCAGAGUAACUCGCCAGCGGCUGUUUCCGAAACGGAGGUCUCAUCUACCACUACCGAACACGUCCUUGAUGGAUGUAGCCAAGACAGCAAGGAAGAGACGGAGGACGAAGCUGAACAAAUUGAACCUAUUGAAAUGGAUCAGUUGCAAAGUGCGCAGGAGAAUAGUCAAGCCGCAAGUUCAAAUGAGAUUCCUGAAGAGACAAACGAUGAACAGGAACCAAUAUCGGAAACAGCACCUGAUGGAGUCGAUGAGCCACAAGAUCGGCCCAAGACACCGAUUGAAGUACAGCGAGAAAUUCUAGAGGAUUUGUGGAAUGAACAGAUGAAAAGUCCCCGCUUGCAGAAAAGAGCCAACUCGGAGAACCAAGAGGUGCCAAGUCCAUCUCGUGUAAGACGACUUUCAGAACCUGUCAAACAGGAAAAUCACCCACAAGAGGAUGAAGUUGCUCCGAUGCCAAAACCUUUGGAGAUUAUUAAAAAAAGACGAAUCAGAAAAUCAACUAGCCGUAGAGCCACACCGAGCAGAUCUCUCACGUCACUGCUUUGCAACGAAAAGUUCGAAAUGGAAUCCGAUGAAAGUCGAAGCAUCAAAACGUCUGCCUCGAGUUUGCAUACCAUCAGUCCUCCCAAGAGAGGAGAAGCCUCUUCAGAAUCACCACCGGCUUAUGAUCAUGAUAAAUUGCAAGCAGCGAUAGAAAUGUACAAGAAAACUCAAUCAGUUUCUAGAUCUAAUCGCGAGAAAACAAGAUCUGAGUCAAGAUCGGUGGCGGACCGAGAAGAAAAAGAAGAAAAGGAUUACAUCGAGGGAGACUUCGGUUCUACACCUUCGGAUCUGUUCAAAUGGGACGAUGGGAUCGGUUAUAUGCGCAGCAGCUACCUUCAUUUUCAGUUCAAUCAAUUCGGGCUGGUGGAACCGAUGGAUACUAAAGAGUACUCGAAACAUGUUAAAACAAACGUGUACGAAUCGUUGAAGGAACCACUUACCAGCAGAACGUCGUCGAAAAGUAGUCGCAGCAAACGGAAAAUGCUACCUGAUGAAGUAUCCUACCGCUGUCGAGGUUGUCGUAGUCGUGGUGUCGCCACCGACUUCGCCACUCCUGACUACUGUUCAGUAGCCUGUAUGAAACAAAACAAGAAUGAAUCAAUAUUGGCGAGCAUUGCACGUUCGAGAUCCUUGCAGCGAAAAGGUCUGGGAUCAUCUGAAUCGGAAAUGUCCAAUAAUACACCGCUGCCGACAAGCGACGAUGAUUCUAUCGGCAGUUCAGUAAACUUCAGCAACGCUUUCAAGGAAAAGAAUAUUAUACCGAAUAAGGAAGUACCAAUCAAAACGAUGGUAGACGUUCCAUCAACUGUAGUCGAGUCACCCAAUGUGCCAAGCUUUACCUGGGAAAACUAUUUGGCAAAAACGCAAGGAACCGCAUCACCAAUGAAUCUUUUCGUCAAUCCCUACCCAAGCGGUCCGAACAAAUUUCGUGCUGGUAUGAAACUGGAAGCCAUCGACCCGGAGAACAAUUCUCUUUUCUGCGUGUGCACUAUCGCCGAAGUUCGUGGCUAUCGAAUGCGGUUAAGCUUCGAUGGCUAUUCGCGGGAUUACGACUUUUGGAUCAAUGCGGACUCGUUGGAUAUCUUUCAGCCCGGCUGGUGCCGCAAAACUGGACGUAUCCUGCAGCCACCUGCAGGCUACGAAGGGGAGUUUAGAUGGAUGGAUUACCUCACCAAGACGCACUCGAUGGCGGCGUCGAGGUACUUGUUCACGCACCUGAAUUCGACGUCAAAUGAAAAUAAAUUUGAAAUCGGUAUGAGUUUGGAAGCUGACGAUUUGAAGAAAUCAGGAAAAGUUUGCGUCGCCUCAGUAAGCGAUAAAAUCGACAACCGCAUAUUGGUCCACUUUGACGGCUGGGACGAACGGUACGACUACUGGGUGGACGUCCAUUCACCCUACAUUCAUCACAUCAAUUGGCACCAGGAGAAUGGGUACAACAUCACGCCACCGCCAGAUUGGAACAAAGGUCCAUUCGACUGGGCAAAAUAUCUACGACAGAAGUCCCGUCGCAUCUGCAAAACUAUAAUCCCCGCAGAUAAAUCUUUAUUUGUCACGCGCCAUCCGAUGGAGUUUGAACCAGGUAUGAAGCUAGAGGUAGUAGACCGCAAGAACCAGAUGCUGAUUCGACCCGCCACCGUAGUGGCCACUGAUGGAUAUGAAAUUAAAGUAUGCUUUGAUGGUUGGCCAAAUUUUUACUCGUUCUGGAUCGAGGAUGAUAGCUCCGAUAUUCACCCGAUAAACUGGUGUAAAAGAACAAAUCAUCCGAUCGAAUUUCCCCCUGAUCAUCGACCGGCAUCAAUUAGGAGUACAUGCGAAGUUCCAUAUUGCUUGGGACAAGGAAAUGCUAGAUUGGCCUGUAGUCGAACCCACACAAAAUUGGUUGAAUGUCCUUACCGGACAAACAACUGGCUUGCGGAAGACAGAAAACGGUCACGGCUCACGCAUGAUCAAAUCAUCACUUCCAACAAUUACAGCUGUGAGCAGGAAGCCAUAUCGCUGGAACCUCCCCUUGCGAAAAAGAUUAAGAACGAACCAGAAGAUAAUUUCCCGAACAUCUCUAUACAAACCGCACAUGUAGCACCUCAGCAAGCGAUCGCAACUGAAAACCACGCAAGCAUAGAUACAAUGAUAAAAACCGCUCUACCUGUCAUUCUCGAUUUCGGACCGCGUUUGAAGCAGUCUUACAAACUGUGGAAAAACAGUUCACGAGUUUUGGACCGUUGCAUCGAGGACGUUUCUGAAUUCAAACGCAACCCACUGCGGUGGUCGGUUGAUGAAGUAGCCACCUACGUGGAACACUUUCCCGGAUGCGCAGAGGUGGGUAAUCAGAUCCGUGACGAACAAAUAAACGGAACGGGCUUCCUGAGUUUAACACAAGAUGAUCUGGUCAAGUAUCUGGAUGUGAAGCUAGGUCCUGCUAUCAAGCUCUACAAUCGAAUAAUACACCUUCGACUGGAGGUGGAAAAGCAUUUCGUUAAGUUUUAAUCCCCACAAAUCGACAACAGAAAAUAAGGUUGUUCAUCUCCAUGAUAAGUUCGAGAAGUGGUUUCGUUUAUCACUUUUAUAUGGAAUGCUAUUUUUGUAUAAAAAGUGGUCAAUCAGAGCUUAAAAGCAAUUAUCUAUAGCAUUGAAUAGCUUCGUAAUUCAGUUUUCUUUAUCGUUCAAAUUGUAUAUAGCGCGUUACGUGUUUUCUUCCUACCACAAGCAAACUGAACAUAAUUGAAAGCCAACAGUAAUAAAUUAUUAUUCCUAAAGUUUGGUCAGUUAGUUAAAAA